AGCGGGCGGUUGUCCGUGGCUCUGUGGCUGGGCGCCCCGUUACGUAGGUUACGCAUACAAUCACUUCGCCAGGGCUGCCCGGAGCCCGCCCAGAUAGCUGUGUCGUCCCACACCCGGGCACCCCGGAGGCGGGGGUCGCGAUGGUGCGGGGCGGGGGCUCGACGUGGAGCUGACCGGGGGCUGAGAAGAGUCGGGGCGACGCGCGAAGCCCUUCCCUGCUUGUCGGGCUCUGGGGCUCCCGCCCUCCGAGUUCCAGCCGUCAGGGUCACGCCACUCGCUGGACGCCCUGAACUCCGUGUCCCCCAAGCCCCGGGCCCCCUGCGGGAAUGUUCAAAAAUGAGUACCAGGGAGGUGCAUUUGUUGAAAUCUUUAGUGCUCAGGGCAAAAAUCCUGGAGCAAAAUGGAAGAUCCUUGGCAGUCCAUCCGUGAUUUGGAAAGAGUUUGAUAAAGAAGUUAAAAGUUUUGUGUUUGUCCUGGAAGGCAGCAGCCAAACAAACAAAAUUCAAUUACCAAAGGAGAAUAAGCAAAUCCUUGGACUGAUCCAGAGGUUUCUUGUACUUCAGAUUUACAUACCCCUGGGACAAGACUUCUCCACUGAAUUGCUGUAAGAUAUACAGAACUUCUUUCAAUGUUUUAUGUGUUUUAGACAUUUAAUCAAUUGAAACAGUAUGGACAGUCAUUAAUUACAAGUGGCAGGUUUUGCAUUAAAGAGCAGUGACUUAUCAAGUUGACAUGAAGUAAUUAAACUAAUUUAAUUGUAUUUCUGAAAUAUCAUUAUAGUCUGGCAUUUCCCUAAGGGAAGAAGGCAAAUUUCAUCUGUUUAAGAAAAUAUCAAAGGAUUGUGGAUUUCACAAUAAACAGGCUAUAACAUGCAGAAACAAAUAA